AUGAAAGUAAUCAGUAGUCAGAAAAUCUCAUUUGUAACAGUAUGCCAUUUGAUUAUUUUUUACGUAUUAUGUAAAGCGAAUGUAGCAACAGCAAUCGCCUGUUAUUCUUGUGUGUCAAUGAACAAAAGUAACCCACCAUGUGAGGAUCCAGUCAGUGCUCAUAUCACGAUUCAACGACCAUGUCGUCAAACGAUACCUGGACAUGAAGGUGGUAUGUGUAACGACAUUCUUAUUACAUCACGAUCAAACCAAACUUUGCAUUUAGCAUAUCAUAUAAAUGUAACACUUAAUUUUGAAGUUUUAAUUCGUUCUGAACAGAUAUAA